UAUCUUUUUUAUUUUUAUUUUUUAUAUCAUAUUUCUUGAUUCAAUUCCUACUUUUGGGUCUUUUAUUUUUCUCAGUUUCAGAGCUGAGCUUAGGAAGUUGAGUACUGUGAAUGAGUAUUUAUGAUGCUGAAAUUAGUGUCUCUUGUUUUCAGUUAGUAAGAGUCUGUUUGGAUUGACUAAUUUUAGGUGCUUUAAAGCCAAAAUAGUUUUUAAACACUUUUGUAAUAUUUGUUAAGAUAAAAAAGUGUUAUUUAAGCACCUAUUUUUAAAUUGAAAUAAUAAAACAAGCCAAAAUCAAAAGCCAUAAUCCCAUCCAAAUGGUCCUAACUUUACUUGUGAACACUUUCUUUAACUUUUUAUUGAACUGGUAUUGUGUUUUCUUGGACAUUGGUUGUACUUUUUUUUUGUGUUUAAUUUUGAAGUAAAGAUUGAAACUUUGUUUAUCCCUUUGUGUGUAUUGAACUAGGAUUGUGUUUUCUUGGACAUUGGUGGCACUUUUCUUAGUAAUUUUGAAGCAAAGAUUGGAACCUUUUUUUUUUUUUUUUUUUUUUUUUUCCUUGUGUAAUGUGAUUGUGUUUUCUUGGACGUUGGUUGCACUUUUCUUUGUAAUUUUGAAGUAAAGCUUGGAACUUUGUUUCUCCCUUAUGUGUAUUGAGCUGGGAUUGUGUUUUCUUGGUACUGGUUGGACUUGACUUUGUAAUUUUGAAGUAAAGAUUGGAACUUUGUUUCUCCCUUAUGUGUAUUGAACUGGGAUUGUGUUUUCUUGGACAUUGGUGGCAAUUUUCUUUUGUAAUUUUGAAGCAAAGAUUGGAACUCUUUUUUCCUUUGUGUAGUAAACUGGGAUGCUGUUAGCUGCCUUUUUUCCAGCUGUUUGGGAGCAGGAUUUUUUGGGAAUUAUUACUCAAAUCUUAUGCACAAGGUAGAAUCUUGUUCCUUCAAACUUGUGACUUAUCAAUUGGGAGUGGAGUUGCCUCACCAGCUGAGCAAAUCUAUCCUGUCUCAACGACGAGAUCUUUGGAAGUGUCCAAGUUUUUGAUUUCUAUCUUAUAGGCAAUCAAAUCUUGAGGCAAGGAGAAGCUUUUUUUAGCUUGUGUAAAUUUGAUUCAAUUCCAAAUAAUGGAUACGGGGAGCAAGAAUGAUACUGAGCGACAAAAGAGGAACGACGAUGCUACAAAUUUUCAGUCACGAAAUAUGUCCUUAGACUGGCAAUUAAGUGGAAGCAACCUGACAAAUGCAUCCAUGGGGAUGAUCGCUAGUAGCAAUCGUUUGGUAGAUUCAUUUUUUCCCACUAUUUGGGAUCGGCCUACCAAUUCGUCAAACUUAAGUUUCUAUGGUACUAAUGCUCAAAUCAAUCCUUGCACUACAAAUCCACAUGAGUUUGCAGCAAUUGCCUCGGGCCCACCGAAUGCAAUGCUGAAAGGGGGCUUGUUUGUACCGUCUAUUCCUGGAAUGCUUCCUCAAAGCUUAGCUCAGCUUCCAGCUGAUUCAGGAUUGAUUGAGAGAGCUGCAAGGUUUUCAUGCUUCAGUGGAGGAAACUUCAGUGAUAUCAUGAACAAUUUUAGCGUCCCCGAGUCUAUGAAGCCUUGCUAUAGGGAACAAGCGCCAACGUGGAGACCGGAAGAAACUGUGAACCCUCAGAAGCAGAACAUGAGAAAUGGGGUUGAAAGUUUCAAGGAUGUUUCUUUACCUAAUAAGAACAAGACUAAUGAACAAAGGCCUCUCAAGAAUGAGAAGAAGAAUGAAAACUUUAAUAUCUCUCGAGAUGAAGGAAAAAAAUCAGUUGGAUUGUCUGGAAAUGAAUCUGACGAAGCUGAAUGUAGCGGCCGUCUAGAGGAAAUGGGAAGUGCCGGCUUGGAGUCUUCCACAAAGGGCGGCCUUGGCUCAAGGAAAAGGAAAAGAUAUGGUCAGGAUACCGAGCUUGAUCGAAUAAAGGGAGCACAACAGCUGCCAGCUGAACCUGAACAAGAACGAACCGAAACUCAGAAAGGAGAGGACAGCUUGAGUUCACCUGCCAGCAAGAAUGGUGGAAAAAACAGUAAACAGAGGUCUCAAUCUUCAGAUCCACCUAAAGAAGAAUACAUACAUGUUCGAGCUCGAAGAGGCCAGGCAACGAACAGCCAUAGUCUUGCAGAAAGAGUAAGGCGAGAGAAAAUAAGCGAAAGAAUGAAAUAUCUUCAGGAUCUUGUACCUGGUUGCAGCAAGGUUACUGGUAAAGCUGUAAUGCUCGAUGAGAUCAUUAAUUAUGUUCAAUCUCUGCAAAGACAGGUUGAGUUCCUCUCAAUGAAGCUUUCAACAGUAAACCCACAGCUAGAUUUUAAUCUUGAUGGGCUCCUCGCAAAAGAUAUCCUCCAGUCACACGCAGGUCCUUCAUCCUCAUUUGCUUGUCCACCUGAUAAUGCGAACAUGACUUAUACUUCUUUGCACGGAUUGCAAUCUGGUCUGCUUCAGUCAGGCUUUCCUGGUGAUGGAAAUUGUACUGAUGCGUUCCGUAGAUCCAUCAAUCCCCAUUUUGCCUCUAUGAAUGGUGGCUACAGGGACCCUUCAUCUGAGGUACCUAAUGUAUGGCGGGAUGAUCAGCUGCCUAAUGUUGUGGAGAUGGGAUUCCAUUCAAGUGCGCUCCUCGAUUGUCAGGAUUUAAGUUCUUUGCCACCCAACCAGAUGAAAGCAGAACCUUGAAAUGUUUCAAACCGUCAACUGGGUAAACUUUCUGUUUCUUUGGGUAGUAAGUUGCAUAGAUAAUCUUGUUCAUUUUGGCACUGAGAAAGUUAAAAUAUUUGGGAAGUUAUCACUCGGAGAGCUCCCUGUUUUGUACAGCAAGUCCACAAAGUUCCUUUUUAUGUUCAUUCUAUAUAAGUCCAAGUGAAGAUUUAUACACACGAUCAAAAUUCUUCCAUCAACAAAUGCAAAUGAGGGUUCAAGAUUAUGCGCUCGGGAUACUAUGUGCAUGGGAGAAUAGUCAUUCAUUCAUGUUUAGCUAUACUCUUUUGAAUCAUUGAAGAUGAAUGAUUGUACCCUUAAUUAUUGGAAGGAACUUGAAAAAUGUGUGCUUUGAGUGGAAGAUAAUGAAGUUUCAUUCGCAAA